AUGUGGAUCUUUAACUUGGUGGAAGAAGAAGGUUUGAAACUUAAUUUUUCGGGGCAGAAUGUCACCGUUCUGAGAACAGACGUGGCUCUGGCUGUAAAAAAAGUGAACGCCUCUAAUUUUAAGAAGACCACGUUUGCUAUAACUAACUCAUCCAAAUUAGAGAUCGACCCCGUGAAUGUAGAUGAACCUGUGCAGGGUUCCAUCAUUCUUCCUGCCUCCCUCCCCCAGAAUCUCACCUCCGAGCAGAAGCAACAGGCCUCUAGAGUCGUGUUUACGUUCUAUCAGUGGACCGCUGUCCUCCAGAAUGAAGGGCUGAAUCCGAGUGGCAGCAAACUGAUCAGCGGAGUUCUGGGCUGCAGCCUGGCUAACCAGUCCAUCUCCAACCUGAGCGAGAACAUCACCAUCACCCUGAAGAACACACAAGACGUUACGAAUAACUCCUCAGUGUCCUGUGUGUUUUGGAAUUUUAGUCUGAACGGGGGUCUGGGGGGCUGGAGCAGCGAGGGCUGCAGUGUGCAGAGCCAAAAUGAAACCGAGACGGUGUGUACCUGUAAUCAUCUGUCCAACUUCGCUCUGCUGCUGGACAUUUCCCGAGAAGGAGUAGGCGGUGUGCAUAAUACUAUCAUGAGCUACAUCAGUUAUAUCAGCUGUGGCUUCUCGGCCAUUUUCCUCUCGAUUACUCUGGUCACCUACCUGGCAUUUAGGUCACUGCACACUGAGAAUCUGUCCAAAAUCACCAUCCACUUGUGCUUCUCGCUGCUUUUUCUGAAUCUGAGGUUUCUUCUGGACUCUUGGCUGUCUUCGUACUCCAGCAGAACAGAAGUGUGCAUCUUCAUGGCGCUGGUCCUGCACUACUUCCUGCUGGCCUCCUUCACCUGGUGCUGUGUGCAGGCUUUUCAGCUGUACCUGACCAUCGUCAAAGUGUUCAACACCCACUGUGCUCAUUUUAUGAUUAAAGCAGGACUGGCUGGCUGGGGAAUUCCUCUGUCUGUGGUCAUCAUCGUUGUUUCUGUCGAUACGAACAACUACGGAUGUGUGGGUCCACUGCUUGAUGUUGGAUCUGCAGGCUGCUCCUGCUGGUUGAAAAAUGCCAUUGCCUUCUACGUGGGUGUGGUGGCGUAUUUCUGUCUGGCCUUCCUGCUGAACUUUGGCAUGUUCGUGGUGGUGAUGGUUGAGCUCUGUACCGUCAGAAGGCGAAACCCUAAUUGUGUUCAGAACCGGAGUCGGCUGCGGGACGUCUGGAGCGUGGUGUCUCUCUGUGUUCUCCUGGGUCUCACCUGGGGCUUGGAAUUUUUCGCCUGGGGUCCCGUCAGGCUGCCGUUUAAGUACCUGUCUCUCUUCUGUAACUCCAUGCAGGGCUUCUUCAUCUUUGUGUUCCAAUGUGCUGCGAAGGAGAACGUCAGGAGGCAGUACAAGCUGUGUGUGCAGAACCAGCAACAGAAGAUGAAAGGUGUGUAA